GAUGCGGUCGUGUUUGAUUAAAUGUUCCUGAGGUGUUACGUGUUGGUGUCUCGCGAUAGCGGGACGGCGAUAGGAAUAUUUUUAUAAUCCGCUCAUAUGAAAACUGUACAAGUUUUUGGAAGUUUGUCUGAAGUUGAUCAUUAAUCUGUGUUUCUAGAGAACGGAUUAUCUAUUUCACACUGAGUGAACCGAAGCCGGCCUGUUGUGGUCACUUCAGUCUGACAUAAAACCGUAUUAAUGACUUAUUGCGACUUAGUAAUGGCGGAGUGUGACUCGUGACAAGUUGAUUCUUCUUGCCGUCCGAGGUGGAGUGACGUGGUCAGGUGUACAGCAGGUCCCCCUCUUCCCGUCUGUUCAGCCAGUCCGCUAGCAUGGCUUCCCUCUGGAGGUCCUAUCAGGCUCUGAUGUCCAGGAAUCCAUGGACGGUGCAGAUUCUUACUGCUGGUUCCUUGGUGGGAGUAGGAGACGUCAUCUCGCAGCAGGUGAUCGAAAGGAGAGGCCUGAGCAACCACAACUUGCAGAGGACGACCAAGAUGAUGAGCAUUGGCUUUUUCUUUGUUGGACCCGUGGUUGGCGGCUGGUACAAGGUGCUGGACGGCCUUGUCACAGGGAGCGGCAAGAGUGUCGCCCUCAAGAAGAUGCUCUUUGAUCAGCUUGGCUUCGCCCCCUGCUUCCUGGGUGCCUUCCUGGGCAUCUCUGGAGCUCUCAAUGGCCUGACGGUGGAGGAGAACAUCGCCAAGCUCAAGAGGGACUACAUGGAUGCCUUGAUCUCAAAUUAUUAUCUGUGGCCUCCUGUUCAAAUUGCCAACUUUUACUUCAUACCGCUGCACCACAGGCUGGCUGUGGUGCAAAUCGUGGCCGUCGUGUGGAAUUCCUACCUCUCCUGGAAAGCCAACAAACUGUGAGGCCCUGCAUUGGAUCCCAUCCUACCUCAAAUACAGGACAAGCGCUGGUUAGGCAGGAUAGUCGAAUGUGAACCACUUGCAGUAUUGAGAAGACAAAAUAGCCAUGUUGUACCACUUUGUAGGUAGUUGGUUUAUCUUAUCGAAAAGAUGUCUGUGUUGUUUAACUUUUUUUCCAAACACAGUUCAGUACACAAUAUUGUUAAUUUAUGAUUAAUAUAUAGACUGCUCUAAA